UCAGCCUUUAGUUAGAUCGCUCGGUCUGGUCCCACCCAUAUAUGAACAGCUUUUGUCACAAGUGAAAAAAAAGUCCUUUUCAGAUUUUUUUUUCCUUCCCUCCCUCCUCCUCAGCAUCAAGUGCAGCCUGAGCGGAGCGUCCCGGCUGAGACUUUCUCCCCAGCCUCUUUGAAGAAGCAAUGAGGAGAAGGGAGCCGUCUCCCUGCUGAUACUAGGACGUCUGGGAUGCACUAACAAACGUUUGUUUUCUAGUGGGAUCAUAUUUGUAUAUUUCUAGGAAAAACAAACAAUACACUGCGGAUUUGGCAUAUCCAUCAAUCGGAUGCAAGCAGAGCCAGGCCCAACUUAACAAUGGGCCCUAUACCCCUGUGUGUCCUGUUCCCGGUGACGGUGCUGGCUGUGGUGGUGGUUGUAGCUGCUGAGGUGAACACAGUUGACGAUGAGUAUACCUGGCCGCAGUGGAAGGUUCCUCUGGUAAGGAAAAGACGCACUUUGCCUCUCAGCAGCCCCAACUUCUCAGCCCAACCUCAAUCAGAGCUGAGUGGGACUUGUGGGAUUGAGUGUCAGCGUCGCCUCCCUUCACCCUCUCUGGAUGACCUAGAGGAGUUCCUGUCCUAUGAGACGGUUUACGAGAAUGGUACGCGUACAUAUACCUCAGUGUCUGUGCAGGGCCUCAACGAGGUGACAGCCUGGUCCAGAAAUAUCUCGUCAAGCUCUCGACACAAGCGAGAGGUGUACGGCACAGACACCCGCUUCACCAUCUCUGAUAAGCAGUUCUCCACCAAGUAUCCCUUCUCCACUACUGUGAAGAUCUCCACAGGAUGUUCUGGGGUUCUGGUGUCACCUAAACAUGUGUUGACCGCUGCCCACUGCAUCCAUGAUGGAAAGGAUUAUCUAGAUGGUGCUCAGAAGCUACGUGUUGGUAUACUGAAGGAGAAAUCCAGACGAGGGAAAGGAGGCAAAGGGAGAGGAGGGCGAGGAAAAGGCAAAAGGAGAAAGGGAGAGAAAGCAAAAGAGGAAGACGAAGAAAAGGACGAAGAGGAGGGGAAAGGGGACCGUAAAGGAAAAGGGAGAGGUAGAAAGAGUCGGAAUCGCCGCAGUGCAGAAUCGGAGAAACCUUCAUUUCGGUGGACCAGGGUCAAGAAGACCCAGGUGCCUAAGGGCUGGUUCAAAGGUGUGGGUGAUGGACUGGCUGCAGAUUAUGAUUACGCUGUUCUGGAGUUGAAGAAAGCCCCAAAAGUCAAGCACAUGGAUUUGGGUGUUAUCCCUUCAGUCAAGAAGCUCCCUGCUGGGAGGAUCCACUUCUCAGGCUUUGAUGAUGACAGGCCUGGAAACCUGGUGUACCGGUUCUGCUCUGUCUCGGAGGAGUCCAAGGAUCUGCUGUACCAAUACUGCGAUGCCAAACCUGGAUCCAGCGGCUCUGGGGUCUACAUUCGCCUCAAAGAGCCCGGCAAGAAGAAGUGGAAGAGGAAGAUCAUUGGGGUAUUCUCUGGUCACCAGUGGGUGGAUGUAAAUGGGAAUGGAAUGCAGGAGGAUUACAACGUUGCGGUGAGGAUAACACCCCUCAAAUAUGCCCAAAUUUGCUACUGGGUCCAUGGAGACUCAAGUGAAUGCCAGGUAGCCUAAGAUAACACAGGAUCCCAAUCAACCCCGACCAACCCUGUCCUUCAGAUCCACCUCCAGAAUCUACUCUAACCUUCACCUGCCACCACCAACCAGGGGCCUAUCGCAUCCCUCUCCUUUUCCUGCCUGUAUCUCCCGUGUUUCCCAGUGACUCCUGCUACACUGAUCAUACACAAACCACACACAGCCAUACAGACUCAGUGUUGUAAAACAACAGGAACUCGGCAACACAUAAAGAGAACUGUGGCUCUUCAGCUUUUCUAAUUUAUUUGCUAAAAAAAACAACUGAGAAAAAAACUAUGUAUGUGUUUACAGAUCAGUCAGAUCUGCAGUUUUGCUUUCUAUUUUGACUCUUUUUAAAAAAGAUUUCACCUUUUUGGAUACAAUGAUAAAUAAAUAAGCAAAGCCCUGGUGCAUUCGCCUUACAUUUUAACCAGGCUUUGAAUGGAGAGACUUGCAUUCUCAAGUGUUCUCCACCACUGUAAAAGAGCAAUGUGUGCAUUGGCUUUGACAAAAGACCCAGGAAAAAAAUAAAUGUAACUUUUGUUUUACAAAUGAACUAUAUAAAGAUACUAAGAUAACUGUUUUUAUAAACAUUUUAAUUGAAUGAGCUGGUGUUUUGCAUUGUGUAUAUGUAGAAGUUUGUUUUUUUACAAUUACCUUUUGAAAUAAGAUUAUUUUUCUGUCUUAAUAGAGAAAGAGUCCUAAUGGACCUUGAAUAGAAGAUUUUUCUGAUUUGUGAGUCUUACCAUCUUUUCUCUGUUCUUGCAACACAGUGAAAUGUGGUUUCAUUGUUGUGCACAUAAUUAUAGCGGUGCUUACCCAGAUGAUGUGGUGCUAAUUUAUGGAAUUGUAAACAUUUUUCGGGGGAGGGGAGACUGCUCAGAAUAUAUUUUGAUAGCCUAGUACUGUAACUAUGUAUUUAAUGUGAGGCUACAUAUUUUGGUUAUGUUAAGAUGGGACUGAACCAUUCAACAAUUUACUUGAGCUGUUUAGACUUCUGUAAUUCUAAGGGUUAAAUGAGAUUACAAAAGCCACAAUAAUGUUUCAUAAUAACAAAUUUAAAUCUGGAAUGUGAUAUUUUUUACUUUUUGUGUUGCUUAUGUUCCAAAGAUUCAUACAAGUGUCUUUUUUGAAUACCAAAUACCUGAAAUUUAAUGAUGCAGAUUGAAGACUA